UCAGGAGUCCAUGUUAAUCUGCUACUGUAAAUUGGGCGUUUGUUCUGCCUGGUCUGGGUCACGCCACCUAGAAGGAUUGUAAUAUCAGAGGUUUCAUUUACGUUAACGAUGUCCAUGUGUGUAUGUGUGUUUGUUAAUUAGGCGAAGCCAUGAUGUCUAAAAAAAAGAAAAGUGGACAUAAGAGUGAAAGUAUUACCAAGAGCAAGAGAGGCUGUCUGUCUGCGGCAACUGUUCAGAUUCUCUUACAGGCUUCAUAAAAACAAGUCCUCUGUAUUACAGCAAGAGCUUCAGCCAAGGGAGAAGGAUUAUCCAAUCAGAUGUGGGACCCUCCCACCGGAGGGAUAUACUCAGCUGCUGGGACCCCCAGGUUUACAUUUGCAUCAGACACUUCUGGCUUCUUUAUUAAACUUGGCUUAUCAUCACUACACAAAUACCAACAUUGACGGUUCAUGGAGCACCACUGAUGGGAUUUUCAUCACGUCAGACUGAAAUGGAUGAAGACAGCAUCAAGAACAGGAAGGAGUCUCAGAAUGGCUCCACUGGCCGCAAUGUGGACUUUCAGACUAAAGACAAGAAACCUGUUAAGGCUACUGUGCUUCAAAAAGAUAUUGGUCUGUUCAGUGGCGUCUGUCUGAUUGUGGGGACGAUGAUUGGCUCAGGCAUCUUCAUUUCUCCAAAAGCUGUUCUGCUGUACUCUGGUGCUGUGGGACCCUGCCUCCUCGUUUGGACUGCCUGUGGAGUAUUAGCCACUAUGGGAGCACUGUGCUAUGCAGAGCUUGGCACCAUGAUCACUAAAUCAGGAGCAGAGUAUUCAUAUUUAAUGGAGGCUUUUGGCUCCAUUUUGCCAUACCUUUACUCCUGGACCACUGUCAUGGUGCUGAAGCCCUCCUCCCUUGCCAUCAUCACCCUGAGCUUUGCAGAAUAUGCCUCCACUCCUUUCUACCCUGGCUGUGCUCCCCCUGAAGUUGUUAAGAAGUGUCUGGCAGCAGCAGCUAUAUUGUUGAUCAUCACCGUCAACUGUCUGAGUGUCAGACUGGCAAGCUAUGUGCAGAAUUUCUUCGCUGCAGCCAAACUUCUCAUCAUUCUUAUUAUAGUGGGAGCUGGCAUCGCGAUGUUGGCACAAGGAAAAACGGAGAAUUUUUCAAAUUCAUUUGAGGGUGCAUCAUCGUCUUUUGGAGCAAUCGGACUUGCAUUUUAUAAUGGACUUUGGGCUUAUGAUGGAUGGAAUCAACUGAAUUUCAUCACAGAAGAGCUGAAGGACCCAUCCAGGAACUUGCCACUGGCCAUUCUUAUUGGGAUCCCUUUGGUAUCCGUGUGCUAUGUGUUGGUCAAUGUUGCCUACUUCACUGUUAUAACCCCCAAUGAACUGCUGUUGUCUCCAGCUGUUGCUGUGACUUUUGGAGAUAGAGUCCUUUACCCUCUGUCAUGGAUUGUUCCUCUCUUUGUGGUCCUUUCCACAUUCGGCUCUGCAAAUGGAAGCUGCUUCACGGCUGGCAGACUGGCCUAUGUGUCUGCUAGAGAGGGUCACAUGAUAAAAGUCUUAUCCUAUAUUAGUUUGAGGCGCUACACUCCAUCUCCUGCUCUUAUAUUCAAUGGUCUUUUGGCUAUUUGCUACAUUAUGCCAGCAGACAUCAACACCCUCAUUAACUGGUUCAGUUUUGCUCAGUGGGUGUUUUAUGGUCUGACUAUGCUGGCUGUCAUAGUCAUGCGUUUCACCAGGAAGGAGCUCCAUAGACCAGUAAAGGUACCAAUUAUCAUAGCAGGCAUAUUGGUCCUGGUGUCCUGCUACUUAGUUCUGGCUCCCAUCAUUGAUAAGCCAGGAAUGGAGUAUCUCUACUGUACCAUCUUCAUCUUCAGUGGACUUAUCCUCUACUAUCCUUUAAUCUACCGAAAGAUCAAGUGGGCACACAAACUAAUGACACCCAUCACCAUGCAUCUCCAGCUGCUAAUGGAGGUGGUUCCCCCAGAGAAAAUUGAAUGAGAGGGGACAGAGCUGACAACCAGGUGUCCAGCUGUGCUCACUAGGAGGCUGCUGCAGAGCCCAGAUGAGCUGAACUGUGGUUGCGGUCCAAUAACUUGACCACUGAUGGUACUUACAGGAAAAGAGGACCACAGCAAAGGAUCUACCUUUAAAAUUUUGGCCAUAUUUUGCAAAUUACUCCUUUCAGAUACAUGUUUUUCAUUCUUUCAUUCUUUUUUUUUUUUUUAAAGAAUAUAACCAGCAGUCAUAAGAAGCAUUAUGCAAUCAUGUUAAACAUUUCUUCCUGUUGUUAAUUUACUGUGACAAAAAUUAGGUGAUGUAAAGCUACUGGAGUAUUUAGACAUGCAUGAACCUGCACUUAAGCAAAGGGAAAUGGGUUGUGGAAAAUGAUACAAAGGAAGAUCAUGCAACAAGAUGUGGAUACAAGUUGAUUCAUGUUGCUCAUGAGAUUGUAAACUGAAACAUCAGAUUUGAUUUAAUGAUGUUUACACAAUGUUUGUUAACACUCUCCCUCCUGUCUUUCACACUGGAAUAUACUGGAAUAGGAAUGCAUUGUGUUUGCUUGUGGUUUUUAAAUGAAAUCAGUCUUGUUGAGUGUACAGUGAACAUGAGAAAUAAACAUUUUGUGAUUUCAGAAAA